GCGCGGGGCGGGGCCGCGGCGGUUGCGAGAGGCCGGUACCGGUCCCGCCGCCAUGGCGGUGGUGGAGGUGGACAGAGGCUUCUUCCGCUCCCCGCGGGCCGCCCUGAAGAUCGCCCGCACGCUGCUGGCGUUCGUAACGUUCGUCUGCUUCGCGGCCUCACACUCUCACGGGGCGUACACGGCUUUGGCUGCCAUGGAGACGGCAAUCACGGCGCUGUUCCUGCUGCUGUACCUGCUGAAGCUCGACAAAAAGAUGAGGUGUCUGUUCUGGCCCUUGGCUGAUAUCUUCAACUCGGUGAUUGCAGCAUUGUUCCUCUUCAUCGUGUGCCUCUUUGCAAUAAUACUCAAGGCCAACGAUGGGACACUGGCUGGAGGAGUGUUGGGUCUUUUGCUGCUUGUUCUCUGUGUUGCUGAUGCGGUUGUCCUUUCCAAAAAGAUUAGCCUUGAUGGACCAAGAAGAAGGACUACUCCUGAGAACUAACAGCACCAUUUUAGUAAAAUAACAAUUUAUUGAUGCCUGGUUUACUGUUCUCUUUUAAAUAAUUUGUAUUUCUGUGUGCUUGCCUUUGAAUUUCCCGUGCAUUUAUGUACAUUUUGGCAAGUAUUGUUCAUCAGUUUUCUUACGUUUACAAAUGCAGUUUCUGUGUUGCAAUGUCACCAGUCGGAGCUUCACAGAAAAUUGUCUUGGUUUUCUAAACUUGAUGACAUUUUAUACUUGUAACAAUUUAAUAAUUGCCUUUUUCCUCUGUA